AUGAGCUUGGUAAUUUUUACCCAAAAUGAAGUUCCUUUUACUUUUUCUAUCCUUUAUUCAAUUAUGCAUUUUGUUCUCAAGUACACCAAAGGCUCAAACCUUUACCAAAGACCGAGUGGCAGUGUCAGUGAUCCAUUUCCUACUCCAUUCGAAGAAAAUUAUAAAGGCGAUAUUAAAUUUUUGGUUAUUGGUGAUUGGGGACAAAAAGGUCCCGGUACCGGUCAGACUCCAGUUGCAGAUGCUAUGAAAACUUGGGCUGAUAAAAAUCAUACUACAUUUGUUUUAAAUCUUUGA